AUGGGCUCCGGCUAUCGUCCAUUGGACCCCUCACUCUACUACGUGCUAGUUGACGACGAGGUUGCAAUCAUCAAAUCUCAAACUGGGAUAGAGGAUGACGAGGAACUGAAGAGACAUAUACUCGCUAUACAGGAGGAAGCGUACAAGUUAGAACCUUAUCCAUGCAUUCGGCGGUUUGGAUUUGCAAAAUGGAACAUCUCGAGACACCCGUGUUAUCAACAGUUCUUGAAACUCGGCCAAGAGCGGAAGGGAGCUAUUUACGCCGACAUCGGAUGUUGUUAUUUACGACAUGCACACAAGUUCUGGGAUCUGGGACAUAAAUUCUUCAGGAGCACUCCGAAAACCUUCCCAGCGCGUUUCAUCUCUGCAGACAUCUUCCAACUGAAAGAUUUGGCAUACGAAGCCGUACGCACUCCCCCAAUCGAUCUCUCCACAGUCCAACUUUUAUCGGAGCUCAGAGGAAAUAUUUCUGCCCUUCAUGCAUCGGCCUUUUUUCAUCUCUUUGAUGAAGAAGGACAGUUCGAACUCGCCAAAAUUAUGGCGUCUCUACUGUCGUCCGCUCCGGGGUCUAUGAUAUUUGGGAUCUCAUGGUAG